UUAAACAUUUGAUAAAUAAAUCGUCAAGGAGGAGUCUCUCACGCAGAAGCAAAGAUCGGUCUUUCAACAGUCAGAGAGUGAGUGGUGAAAUCGAAAGUGAAAGAGAAAACAAGAGAGGUUCAACAAUGGUGACGACUCAACAUCCUUUCACUCUGCUUCUUCUUCUUCCUCUCGCCGUCAUCGGGAUCUUCUCCUCCUCUUCUCAGGUUAGCGCAACCAAUGUCAGAAUCGAACAAUUCUCCUCGCCUUUCUCUACCGAUCUCGCAACCCUGCAAUCUCAAAUCGGCUACAACUUCACCAACAUCAACCUCCUUCGCCGUGCCAUGACUCACGCUUCCUUCUCUCAAGAGAACAACAAGGCCCUCAGUAUCUUCGGAUCCCAUCUCAUUGAAACCUCUGUCUCUCUUCACCUUCUCUCCAAAGACAUCGACACCUCCUCCAAGGCUCUGACACGUUUGAUAGCAGAGGUUUCGAGUGUGGAUUCCUCGUGUGCUCUUGAUGGGAACCGGUUGGGUUUGGAGAGGGUUAUCAGGGUUUCUCCCAAGACUGAUGCCUCGAACUCGGCGAUUGUUUGCGGUGGGUUUAGAGCCAUCUUUGGAGCUGUUGCUGUUGAUUCUGGAUUGGUUGAUGAGGCUAUGAAGGUUUUCUGGAGAGUACAUGGAGGUCCAGGUGGGAGACUAGUAGUGUCCAUGCUGUAAUAUUAGUGUGUUUGCUUCCGAUGUUAAAAGUUUCAAGAGAUUCGUCUUUAAGCCUUAUAUGGUACUAGUAGUACUACUAAUCGCUUGCUUUCUCUUUGUUUUAUUUUUCUUUUGUGUUGUGUGAUGAGCAAAACAAUAAUAAUAUUGGUUGAUGUUGUGAGGAUGUGUAAGGGACCACUGCAAUGAAAUGUUUUCAACUAAA